AUGUCAGAUCACGGUCAUAGUCACAGUCAUGGAUCAGAGGAUUGCGAGGGUCAAUUGCUCGACGAUUAUAAUCAAGCUUUACAUAUUGGAUCGAUUUUCAUUAUAUUAGUUGCAUCGUUUUUGGGAACUGCCAUACCCAUUGUUUCGAAUUUCAUAAAAAUUUUAAAUAUUCCUAAAUAUAUUAUCGUUCUUGGCAAAUGUAUGGGUGUCGGUGUCAUUCUGGCGGCAGCGCUCAUUCAUAUGUUAUUACCAGCCAAUGCGUCAUUGUCAUCACCAUGUCUACCAGAGACUUUUACCGAGAGUUACGAAGCUUGGGCCUUUAUGUUUUGCGUUACCGGUGCUAUUGCCAUGCAACUUAUCGAUUUCCUGGUGCUCCAAUACAUCCAACACCGUACCGUAGAGAAGCGUGCCACCCACCCCGAUCCAGAAUCACCAACUCCCAUCGAUUGCGGAAAGUUGGAUGAGUCCACCGAUACCUACGAGUUACAGACCGUUGAGGUUCACAAACACGGUGGACACGGUCACUCUCAUGGUGGAUUCAUUUUGACCAACAGCGAGCUCAAGACUGUAGAAGCCUAUAUGCUCGAGUUUGGUGUCACCGUCCACAGUGUCUUCGUGGGGCUUGCUAUUGGUGUUGCCGACGACACCUCUUUGCGUGCACUUUUAGUUGCUCUUUGUUUCCAUCAAUUCUUUGAGGGUCUUGCACUCGGUGCCAGAAUCAACGAUGCCAAAGCCUCACGUCUACAACAAUUCAUUCUUUCAAUGAUUUUCUCCAUCUCCGCACCAAUCGGUAUUGCAAUUGGUGUAGGUGUCUCCAGUACAUUGAACACCAACGGUGUAUCUUUCUUGUUUGUACAAGGUAUUUUCGAUGCAAUCUGUGCUGGUAUCCUCCUAUAUAUUGGUUUCAGCAUGUUACUCAAAGAUUUCCCAGAGGAUAUGAACCUCCACUGCAAAGAAAAGAAGCAUGAACAACUACGUAAAGCCGGUAUGUUUGCUGCACUUUGGGUAGGUUCUGGACUUAUGGCUUAUAUUGGAAGAUAUCUAUAG